UAAUUUACUAUUUUACAUGUUUCAGGUCGAAAAUGCUCUUUAAGAAAAACAAACGCUGAUAACAAAUUAAUAUACAAGUUAAAACAGAAGUUGACCAAAAUGUCCAUUAAAUGUAAAAAUGUCAAUAAAAAGAUACAAGCAGCCAAGAAAAUAUCAAUGAACAAAGCGUUUUUGAAAAUAAUGGAAAAGUUGCCUGAAGAAGUACAAACUUUUACAAAAAUGCAGCUGAAAGGUACGGUAAAGGCAAGGGGCAGACGCUACAGCAACAGUGAAAAAGUAAUGGCAUUAACCAUUCUAAAGCAAAGUCCAAAGGCAUACAAAUUAUUAAAAAAAAUGUUCGUGUUACCAUCGAAACGUUGUUUGCAAUUGAUGCUGAGUACAUUUAACUUAGAACCUGGCGUUAAUAAAAAUAUAUUAGCUGAUUUAAAGGACUUUGACGAGGUGUCACUAGCACCUGGACUAGAAUUUAUCUCGUCACUAGGAAAAAUAGUCGGAUUCGAAGACUUGGGGCACCAAAGAAAAAAGACUCUGGCUGACCACGCGCUUGUGUUCAUGAUCAAAGGGAUUAAAAGUAAAAGUAAACAGCCCAUUUGUUUUACCUUUUGUAAAGUUACGACUAAAGCAAAUGAGUUAAAAAAUUUAUUAAAAAUAAUUAUAAAAGAAAUCAACGCCACUGGGCUAAUAGUAGUGGCGACUAUCUGUGACCAAGCCACUACUAAUGUGCGAGUGGUGCAGGAGCUGCAGAAAGAAACUAAAGCAAUGUAUUUAAGACGAGGAGAUACAUAUAACUCAAAUGCUAUAGAGGUAGACGCCUGUAAAAUAUUUCCUCUUUUUGACACUCCGCACCUACUCAAAGGAGUAAGAAAUAAUUUAUUAACAAAAAAUGCAAAAUACAUACAAAAUGGUGAAACAAAAUGGGCUAAGUGGGAACAUUUAAAAAUGUUAUUAGAAAUAGAUGAUGGAGAUGAUGAAAUAAGAUUAGUGAAUAAAUUAACAGAAAUGCACGUCGUGAAAGAAAAAAUCCCUAAAAUGAAAGUUAAGUACGCAGCGCAAGUAUUCAGCCAGAGGGUAUCCAGCGCGUUACGUUUUUUAUCAAGUGAGUACAAUAAUUCUAAUUCAACAUAUAAUAUAUGUCAACGGCAAGUACCAAUGUGA